GGUGCCGCCGGUUUCCGUUGCCGGGCGGCCCCGCGCGCGCACCGCGGCGGCGGCAGCGACGCUGCGGUGGCCGGUUAAUAGGGAACACAAUGAAAGAAGCAGAAAUAAGGAGGCUCUUGGCUGCCAACCUUCUCUGUGUUUUUACAAUUGUUCUGACGGCAGUUGUGCCGGCUUUCUUCUGGGACGGAUUCACAAUUUUGGGAACGCACCUCGCGUGGCUGUGUAUUUGUUCUGUUUGUGUUAGUACCCUUAAUAUAAUAUUGCACUUAGUCCUUAAACCAAAUCUGACUCCUAAGAGAAGUUCAUUUGCUCACAAGAUAUCCAGAUUUCUAAAAUGCUGUAUAUACUUUUUCAUGUCUUGCAUACUAUUUCAUGCGAUUAUUGUUCUUUAUGGAGCACCUCUCAUAGAGUCAGUGACUGAGACGUUUUUGUUUGCAGUUCUCUUGUCUACCUUUACUACUUUACAAUGCUUGUGUAUGCUGGGACCAAACAUACAGGCAUGGAUACGGGUAUUUAGUAAAAAUGGAGCUAUGUCCAUCUGGGAAAGCAGUCUACAGAUUACCACCAUAUGCAGUAUACUAGGAGCUUGGUUUGGAGCAUUUCCUAUCCCUCUUGAUUGGGAUCGGCCUUGGCAGGUAUGGCCCAUUUCCUGUUCCCUCGGAGCUACCUUUGGCUAUAUGGCUGGUCUGAUUAUUGCACCUCUGUGGAUACACUGGAACCGGAAGCAGCUUACAUACAAAAGCAGAUAACUGGAGCAAAAAGAGACAAGAUACGGGCUUCUCUUUCAUGUCGUUCAGUCUUGCCAGAGUUUUUGGGUCAUCGCGAAGAUCAAUCUAGCAAGAAAGAUUGCAGUCAUGUUGGAAUACUUUUUCUAAACAAAAGUCAGCACGCUAUAUGAUACCCUCUUUUUAAAGCAAAAUUAUUUAAUUAAUGGAGUAUUAAAUGUAUAAAAAUGGAGUCAUGUCAUGAUUCAGACUGUGGACCCUUCCUGAUCCAAAAGCCCUGGAAAUUUAAGCUGUGAACUACUACCUUUAAUCCAGAAGGAACAAAUGUUUAUUCUGUAAUUCAGCUCUUCAAUUAGAAGUGAUCAUCUUGGAAUACCAGAAUCUAUACCCAGCAGUGGCAGAAGGGUUAACCCAAACAUAAUACCAACAUGUGGGUCACUUUGUAAUUGAAGCCCAGACCACUGCCCACAAGAAGCAAGAGGAAAUUGUCUCACUUUUCCCCUUGCUCCUUUGCUUCAGCAAAUAUUGGAUGUAACCAAUAGUUGCAGACCCAAGUAACAUGGGCAUGAACAGACAAUUUUAUUCCUUAGGUCCCAUGACUAUAGAAAGUCACACAGAGGGAUGCAGCCAAUCUUGCCACCCUGUUUAAAAUGCAUAUAUUUUAACAAAACGGAGGUAGCUCUUUAGAGAACACCACAGAUCUACGUUCUUCUGCCACAUGUUAGGGUCGUUCCUCCAAAGCAAGAAGGAGAUGCUGUUCGGGUCCUGUCAGGCCUGAACUUACAGCCCAAAGAAAAGGCACCAUACAAUGACCUGAAUUGUUUAAAUAAAGUAGAACAGAACCAGAUAUACCUGUGUUCCUACUAGUAAAAAGGGAACAUUAGGUGCAUAUUCCUUCAACUCCGGUACCCACUCUUCCUUCACAUUUUGAAAUGAAGCAGGAUUUACCACUGAGAAGCAGAUAAGGAAGACAUCGGUCAUAGGAUAAGAUAAAGGUCUCAGACGAUCAUAGUCUUCCUGAGAAAGAAAAAUUCUGUUAUCUGCAAUAUUGUUGCUUGUAUUUUGUUAAUUUUAACAGUUAUAUUCAGAAACAUUCACAUUUCAGGAAUUUUGUUGAAGCAAACUUUCUGAAUGUUUACAACUAUUCCAGGUUAGUGUGGCUGUGAAAGCAAAGUGUGAUAUGAGGGGAAUUAUAUGUGAAUAUAAUAUAAACCCCCCUGUGUGUUAAUACUGAUAAAAACUUAACUUCUGUAUGAGAAUAUACAGAAUACUACCCUUUAAAAAGUUUUCACUUUAAGGAGGAAAGAAAAAGAAAGGCUUAUGGUUCACACAUGCUUGCAGAUCAAAGGUUAGCAUUUGUUUGCAGAUGUGACUGCUGUAGAGCCAUCCAGGUUAUGCUAGGCUCCAUUUAGGCUAUUUAACACACUUAAAUUACAUGUUCUCUUUUAGAUCAUGUGUAGAGGUGAUAUUUAAGUCCCUCCUUAGAAUUUUCUUUCUGUCUCUUAGAAGAAUUACUGUCCUGUUGCUAAUGAUCAGGGCAGACGAAGUAAGGAUCAGAAGGGACCCUUUUUGUCCAGACUCUGCUUUCUAUAAACAAGCCCAGCAAUGAGUGGGGAGAAACAGAAUUUAAAGAUCAAGAACACUAUCAGGGGAACAUUAAUGCCUUUUUUUUUUUUUUGGGGGGGGGGGGUGGUAAUGUGAAAAGAUUAUUAUUUGGUCAUUUAGAAUCAUAUCAUUUAAAGACAUGAGUCCUACUGCCAGGGCAUACAAUACCCUGGCAACAGAGGUACCUAGAAGCAUUGUCCCUACUGUAAAACAGAGUCCCUCUAGCAAGAGAGAAAGAAAGUAGAUUUUGCCAUAUUUUUUAUCUAAGAGCAGGAAGGAAGAACAUGCCCCAGGUUCUCUCUGCAGGGCUUCCUUUGGCCUAUAGCAGUGAACCAGUGCCGUACCAUUCCUACCUUAGGUUUUUUGCUUUUUUUCUUUUUUUUUUUUAACAUCAGUUACUAAGACUGAGCCCAGGCAUUGCAGAGACAGCAAAGAAUGCUGGUUUUAGUCCUUCUUCUCCACAAUAAACACUAUUUUAUUAUGGCUGCUGCAGCAGCCUCCCUCUUCCCCAUGGAAGCUCCCCAUCUUAAUUAAAUCUCACAAAUAUUGGAACGAUUUGUUCAUUAAAUGUAGAGACAAAAAUG